UGCAGGGAGAGAAAGGGGCAGCCGUGUGAUGAGUAGAAGGCGCAGCGCUGUGCUCCGGGUCACUGGUCCCCUCUCCUGUCACUCUAUGGAGACUCCCGACUGACACACACCCCCCCACCCCCACCCUAAACUUCAACAACUUCCCGCAUGUUCCCGGAGCGCACACUGCCUCGUACCGGGAAGUAGGAGAUGAGCACCCGCCGGAGACCGGGCUCCUGGCAGGAUGAGGUGGCCAAGAGCUUCUCCCGGUUCUUCUCUAGGAGCCCUUCCCAGGACAAGGAGGAGGACGGGGCCGGAGAGGAGCCAGAGAGGAGCGACAGGAGCCUGUCCAGAUUCUUCUCCAGGGGCCAAUCCCAGGACAGGGGCCAAUCCCAGGAGGAGCAAGAGAGGAGCCCCUCUAGACUCUCCCUGAGGAAGGACUCCAAUGGAGGAGCCAGGGGCCCCCAUGAAGAACAGGACAGGGGCCAAUCCCAGGAGGAGCAAGAGAGGAGCCCCUCUAGACUCUCCCUGAGGAAGGACUCCAAUGGAGGAGCCAGGGGCCCCCAAGAGGAACAGGACAGGGGCCAAUCCCAGGAGGAGCAAGAGAGGAGCCCCUCUACACUCUCCCUGAGGAAGGACUCCAAUGGAGGAGCCAGGGGCCCCCAGGAGGAAGAGGACAGGGCCAGGGGCUUCUCCAGGACUUCCUCCCAGGAGGAGCAGGGGGAGGAACAGCACAGACAUGAAGAGAAGGAUAGUAACUUGGCCCCGGACAUCCAUGAAAGUCUGUCUUCAGGUCAGACGGAAGAGGUAAAGGAAGACAGAAGUUCUAGUCCCCCUCUUCAGGUAACCUCUGAGUCUGAGGAGGAAAAGGACACAGAGUACAGCCAGAAUUCCAAAGUACUUGACAGCGAGAAACAAUCCAGGGAGAAUUUUUUUCAUUUUAUUGGAAACCUUUUCCAUUUCUCACCAAAAACUUCUCUGGGAAACGCCAAGCAGGUGGACAGCACCCAGGACCUCUGUAAGGAACAUGAGGACACACAAGUUAAAAAUAACCUGGAUAAAGAGGACUCACACCAGGAACACACACAAGAAGUUUCUGCAAGUGAAACAGAACAGACAGCGGAGUUUAGCCCAGCUCAGGCAGGACCCUCAGUGGAAAGCAAUACUGAGAUAUCCAAAGAAACCAUAAAACAGGAGCAGCAGGAGACACCUCCAUCCAGACCAAAGCUCAAUGGCUAUCCCCAAGAAGCCCCAGCAGUAACAUAUGGCACCUACCGCGGAUCCCGGAGGAUCAGGAAGCUCCUGAAAAGACGUGCUGAUAUAAAUUCUCCAAUUCCUGAAAGAGAAGAGAUCAGUGAAAAAGAAACAAGUAUCACUGGAGAUGUUGGCAUGGAGAACCACGAUUUGUUACAUGACAUAGUGAGUAUGGAACCAGUCACAUGCAGAAGUUCCGAAGAGGAGAUGCCACCAUCCAAAAUGCUAAUAAAGAUGAAGAUGCAACCAAAGGUCUCCGCUGCAACCCAAAAUGGGGAAUCAAAUUCACAAGUUGAAGUCUUGGAGAAAAAUGCAGAAGGCAGUUCUGUAGUUUCUAUUGUAACAAAAACUGCUGAAAAUAAUUUACAUAAGGAUGAAGACUUGAAAAAAAAUGCAGAAGACGGUUCCAUAGUUUCUGUUCUCUCACAAAAUGGUGAAUAUAAUUUACAUAAAGGUGAGGACUUGAAACAAAAUGCAGAAGCCGGUUCAGUAGUGUUUGUUUCCAACUGCAAAGGUGAAUCUAAUUUACAUAACGUUGACGUAAUACAAAAGCCAGAAGUUAUUUCUAUGAUGUCUGUUUCAAACCAAAAAGAUGAAUCUUUCUCUGAUAAGGUUGAGGACUUAAAAGAAAAUGUUGAAGAAAAUUCUUCAGUUUUAUGGAGCCAAGAACCAAAUUUCAUAGAGAGGACAACCAUUUUAGAGGAUAUUGAAGAAAGCACCAAAGAGAGCCCAAAAAUAUAUAAUAAUGUACAGAUACAUGCUGAGAAAAGAUCAGAUAUGUCAGUGGAUUUAUCACUCGAUAACAUGAACAGUUCAAAUAUUUCCAAAGAAUUUGUACCAAAUUCAGAGAAAAAUGCAAACAUUUCAAAAGAUCUACAGCCAAAAGCUGAAAAAAAAUCAAGCUGUUCAGCGGAACCAGUUUCUACAGCGCUCUUUAAGAUUUCUAGUGAUUUACUUCCAAAUCCCGAGAUUUCAGAACACCUACCAGUAAAUGCAGAGACGAACUUAAACAGUUCCGAAGUUCUUCAACUGAAAAUAAAUAAUAAAUUGAAUCUUAAUUCAGAUUUGUCACCACAAAUUGACAAUAGCUCAAACAUUUCUGUUUAUGUUCAAGAAAAUUCAGAGAAAGAAUUAAAAAUGUUAGAGGAUCUACAACCAAAUGAUCUGCAAAAAAACUCAGUGGAAAGCAUGCCAAUUUCUGGUGAUGUACAAAGAAAAGAAGAAGAGAAAAUCUUAGAGACUUUUCAACCAAGCAAAGAUGAAAGCCCAAAGAGUGAAUAUGAAUUAAAGCAAGUUUUUGAGAAAAGCUCAGAAACUGCUGAAGAAAAUGUUAUGGAUUUUAAGCCAAUAGCCACAGAGAAUACAAAAACUGUAAAAACAUCAGAAAAUGUCUCACUGCUUCCAAAUCAUCUACAUUUUAAUUCCAAAGAACAUAUAGAAAUUCAGGAGAAUUGGCAGGUCAUUCCGGAAAACAGCACAGGUAUCUCUGUGGAUCCAUGUUUAAAGGACCUUAAGUUAGCUGACAGUUCACAGAGCUUGCAGGAAAAUUCUUCUUCAAAUGUUACAGAGGACCUACAGACAAAUACUAGUAGUAAAAAGGAACUAAGAGAACACCAAAGUGAGCAGACAUACAUUAAGAAGCAUCUUGAGAAAGUUGAAGAAAAAUUAGAGAGACUUGUGAAUUCUGUAGGCGCCAUAUCCGAAAGCAAACUGAACACUGGGAGACCAUUAACCUCUGAGAAAGAUCCAACUCAAGAGGCAGCCUUUAAUGCAAAAAGCAACUUCGAUAAUCGGCAGAGAUCAACCAAAGAAAAUGCACCGCUGAUCGAAGUAGAAAAUUUGAGGGGGAAAGAAGAGCUCAAACUAAAUGUACAGAAGAACAAAAGCAUUUCAGAACAAUCACAACACAAAGUUGAAGAAAUGCCAAAGAUCACUGUAAAUCUACAGCCUUAUGAAAAUAUGCAUUUUGAUAUCCAAAAAGACUUCGAACAAAACACAGAUGAAAACUGCAAGCUUGAAGAAGCAAAUACUAAAGUCAUUUCUGAAUCUACAGUAGGUCCUACAAUACAGAGUAGAGAUACUGAACAAGACAUUUUCACAAAUGGUAACUUCACAGAGAAGGACAAUUUACCAAAUGGACAGGUUAAAUCAAUGACCAUGGACAAAAAAAUAGUAAAUGCACAGUCCAGUCUGAAGGUUUCAGAAGAACCUCAAACAAUGGCAAAUGAAAUCCCAAUGAUUAUAGAACAGCAACAAAAAAAUGUUGAAAUUUGUGAUGAUACAUUAAAUGAAUUUAACAUGGCACCCCUUGCAAAUAAUGACACAUCAGGGACCAUUUUAGUUAAUGAAAAUGCUCAGGGUAGCAUGUCAGAUGUGAAGCCUGUGCCAGAAACCUUUUUAAAUGAGGGUUCAUCUGAUGUAGCAGAACCUGCCAGAACUGCCUCCUUUGACAAUGGUAUUGAGUGCCAAUCACCUUCUCCUACGAUAUCUGGUUCUCCAUGUUCUUCUGAUUGCAUUGACAUAAGGUUUGACAGCCCUCUACCUCUUUCAGAUGCCAUUGACUCAGGGAUGGUUUCAUCACAGGCAUACACACCAGAAGAACAAAUGACAAUUAAAAUAUUUCCUCCUGAAUUAUUCAACAAAAGCAUAUCUGUUCCUUUUAAUAUCGACCAAGAGGACAAAAGAACUGAACAUGUUGGGUCCAAAAUUGAAAAUGUAGAAAACCCUUUGCUUGCAUCUCCUAUUCUUCAUAAUGCUGUCAAAACACAAAAUGAGCCAUUAACAGAGGAAACAGAAAGCCGGACCGGAGCGAAUAGCUCAACAAGAGUAUUUUUGGAGGACAGUGGUGUGGCAGAUAUGUAUGAGGAUGUAUCAGGUAGACUUUCAACCAAUGAUAGAAUGAAAGUAAAUGUGAAUUCAGAUGUUUAUGUUGCCAAAGUGUCAGUGAAAUCUGUUAACAUUGAAGAAGUAAAACUUCCUCCGUUCGAAUUCCAUUCAGAUAUAGUAUCAAUAGCUAAAGUUGAAAGUGCAACAUUCGAGAAAGAGCUUGUAUGCUUUCCAAACUCUUCACCUCCACCUCUGAAGCCAGAAUAUAACAGCAAAUUCAAAGAUUCUAAUUUUACAUUUCAACAGGAUGAACAGGAAGAAAACAUUGUCACAAAUUCAGAAGUGCCUUCUGACAUCAACGAAAAAGACCUAACUGUGAAUAAUGUUAAUCUGCCUUUUAAUGAAUCCAGCCAGUUUUUGGAUUGCAAUAAUUAUGAAAAAUCCCCACACAGCUGCUACAUGGAAGCGGAAAGGUUUCCAGCAUUAAACAAAAUAAAUGUAGCCGAGAAUGUUGUAAACUUGUUUUCGAAUGACUACGUUGGUGAUAAUAUUCCACAGCACACAUUUCUAGAAAAAGGUUUACCUGUGUUACCAGAUAAAUCGUCUGAUGUACUUAUAGAAAAUCUUAAAAAUAACAAUUUGACAAUCGAUACAAGUGAUGACAUCAUAAACAUUUCACUCCAGACCAACACAUCAGAAAAUGACUUAACAAAUGAGUCACUGAUGUCUGAUGAUUCACACUGGGAGCUACAAAGCUGUGAUUCACUUUCAGAAUUCCAUCCAAACGGCGAUUUGACUUAUAAAGAACCAGUAAAGGAGAAAGAUAUAAUACUUCAGUCUACAUUUCAAAGGGAUAUAAACUUCACAGAUGACAUAAAUUCUUCAGACUUUGCAACUUCAAAAAUCGCUCUUCCAAGCACAGACCAUUCAGAGUUAUCCACUGAAUUGUUUGAGAAAAAAGCCAAUGAAAUAAUUCUCUCAGUAUUGCAUACUGCCAUUGAUGAGUUUCAGAACUUAAAUAAAAACCAUGUAAAUGCACUUAGUUUAGGUACGGUUAAAGAAACAUUAGCUGAGAAGAUGAUGAAGGACUAUUCUUCAGAAGAUGAAGCAGAAGCCCCAGAGAAAUCCAGAAAAAAUAUGAAGAGUCUGACCACUGAUCCAUUUAUAUCAAUUGUAGCAUCAGGAUUAGUAAAUGAUGUUAUAAAUUCAUCAAAACAGUACAUGCAAAGUAGUUUGGACAAAAAUGUUGGUACAAAUAAUAGCUGCACACAGACAUCUAUGGUUAGUGUAAAUGGCCCAGAGGAAGACACUACAAACCCAAAAAACGAAACCAUUUUUUUGUUAGGUAUUGACAGUCCGGUACUUUUCAGUUCUUAUGAAGUCAACUCUAAUGUACUACUACCAACUCCAAGUGGUUCAGUUGAAGGGACUAGGGAGAACAAUGGAUUCAAAAGGGUAGAAGAUACGGAGGACAUUUUGAAUGACUCCAGUUACCUAGAUGGAGAGACAGUAAUUGGGCAAGAUGACAGCUAUACUAACUUGGAAGCAAUGAUACAAGGGGAUACAGAGAAUAAAAAUGUGACGUUUGAUUUAGGACUUGAUGGAGACCAAGGAGGCUUUUACUCUAAAUCUCUUGAAACUGAAGGUUCUAUGAACACACCCUUUAUUAAUAAUUUAUUAGGUGAGAAUAUGUGCGUUUCUGGAACAGAUGAAAUUGAUCCUUUUCAGUUUUCCCUGUAUAAUAGUAAAUAUGUUGAAAUAGAAAGUGAUGAUGAGGAAGAAUAUGAUGAUAAUGAACAUUCCAGCGCAACUGACUUAUUUCUGACUGUACCAUCAAGGCGUGUGAAGAUUUAUCCCUUUUCGCUCUCUCCGAUAUAUGAGGAUGAUAGCUCUUGUGAAGAUGCUGCAUCCAGUAACAGCUCACCAAGGCAUAAAUUAGGAACAACAGGUAGUGGUUCUAAUGAUCCUACAUCAAUUUUAUCUCUACUGCAGUCUGUUUCAGAUCGCUUAAAGGAGGCCAACAUAGAAGAAAUGUGUUUUGGAGGAAAUUUGACAUUUCUAAGUGAAGCAGCUACUUUCAGUGCCCUGGAUAAUACAGAUGCAUCAGGGACACGGGAAAACAUGCCUGCUCCAACUAAGUCAAAUAUUGAUGCUCAGAAAAUGCUAUUGGAGGAAACAACACCUGGAGGGAAAAAAUCUGGUUUGUUCAUUACAAAAGCAGAAAACAAGGUGAAUUCAGGUUCUGGUCGUCAGUCUUUAUUCCUAAAUUUAGCCUCGCAGUCUUCUACAGUUGGUGCAACAUCUUCUGUAGAAAAUAGUCCAAAAGCAACUGCUGAAAAUGAACCUUCACCAUCAACACCAAGUGAAUCUAGCUCCAUUCAAUAUAAAGAUCUGUCUCCAGAUGUUGCUCCUGUGACUCCUCUUUCUCCAUUACAAAUGGUGACAGAUUCUGGAUUUUCUUCACUAAAACCUGAAAUAAAAUGUCAGCCCAGAAUGUCAUCCCAAAGUGUUUACUAUCAGUAUUUCCAUUCUUCUCAGAACUACUCACAUAGUAAAGAAAAUAAGGAAAGCCCCACUGAAGAAAAAGUAGAUUUACCUACAAAAAAAGAAUCCAAGGAAACAGAAGAUGAUCUGUUAACGAGCACCAUAGAUUCCAGCUGCUUAAAGUUCAACCCAAGGCCUGGAAAGGUGAUCCUGUCAGAUGUUGUACAUCACGAGAACAAGAUUGAACUAAAUGGAGACGCUCUUGAUGCAACAUCCUGGGUGUUCCCAAAUGGUGUAAAUAUUCGUGUGAUCAGAGGAUGCUGGAUACUGUAUGAAAAGCCACACUUUGAAGGUCAAGCUCAUGUCCUUGAAGAAGGGGAAGCUGUGUUACUGCACCUCUGGGAUGCUCCAGGAGCCAGAGCUAAGCCAGAUCAAAUCAGCAUAGGGUCAGUGAAAAGAGUAGUGAAGGAUUACUUUCCCGAGGUCAUAAUAUCCCCUCUAGAGGACACGUCGGAUUCUCCAGUUCAUAUUCAUACAGAGGUGCCAUCCUUGGAGCAUCUGGUGGACAAACGCCCCCGAUCAUUAACAGUAAAUUCAGGAGUCUGGCUGACGUAUAAGGAGCCUCAGUAUAACGGUGCGGUGUCCGUGUUGGAGGAAGGCUGCGAUCUGCCUCAAAUCCAGGCAUGUGGUGUAAAAUCAAUGCGCCCUUUGAAAAUGGGCGGAUUAAAAGUGCAGCUACCAAAUGAUCCGAAGAUAAUUAUAUAUGAAAAGCCACAUUUUCAAGGGUGGUCAAGAGAGAUCACAGAACAUGUCAGCAGCAUCGGGAAGCUUAUUAGUGAUGAAGACAAUACUGAUCCCUUAGAUGUUGGAUCCAUUCGAGUUGUUGGUGGAAUAUGGGUUUGCUAUGAAAAAGAACGAUACAAAGGGUACCAGUAUCUCCUAGAAGAGGGCGAGUAUGAGGACUGCCAAGCUUGGGGAGGAUACAGUAGCACAUUCCAGUCCAUUCGGUAUCUGCAGGCUAACUUUUUGGAAGCAUCUGUCUCUUUGUUGGAGUCAGAUUCAGAGGAUGGAAAGCAUGUGGAUCUCUUCAAUCAGGCAAUCCCAGAUCUGGAACUGGCCGGAUACAACACCAGACCACAGUGUAUUCACGUGAAGAAAGGAAUGUGGGUGGCAUAUCGGCAGAAACAUUAUUGUGGUGAGCAGUAUAUACUAGAAAAAGGGCGAUAUAAGACCCAUGUGGAUUGGGGAGGAAGCAGCAAUACAAUCAUGUCCAUCCGACCAGUUCUGCUGGAGCCGCUUGGACGCAACGAAGUCAAACACUUGAUAAAAGCAUACGGAAGUACAAAUUUUCAAGGGAAGAGUGUUGACUUCACACAACAAGUGUCAGACUUCAUUUCUUUCAUGCCCAAGUCUUUCAAGGUCCUACGGGGAUGCUGGCUGUUGGGCUACCAAGCUGAUGCAUGUGACAAUGUGUGUGUGUUAGAAGAGGGACAUUUCCCCGACUUGGCAUCUUGUGGAUGUCCUGCAGCUGAGAUCAAAUAUAUCCGGCCAAUGGAUUAUGUCUUUGCAGAGCCCUCUAUUAGUUUAUUUGCUCUGGACUCCUGUGAGGGGAGAGAGAUGCAUUUUGAGGAGGCUGUCACCUCUGUCCUGAACAAGGACCUCCACUUCUACACCCAGUCUGUGUGGGUAAGAAGAGGCCUGUGGAUAGCAUUUGAAGGUGCCAAUUUCCUAGGAAGACAAAUGUUACUGGACUCCCAACAAAUCCUAAACUGGUCAAAGUUUAGUGGCUGGAAAGCAAUCGGGUCCCUUCGUCCUCUAAAACAGCCAGCUGUGUACUUUAUGGUAAGGAACAGACACAGAGACAAGUACCUGACUGUGACUGGGAAAUUGUCAGAUACAAGAGCUACAUUUGUUAGCGUUUCAUCCAGGAACGGACAGAGCUCUCAGAUAUGGUACUUCACUCGAGGCUUCCUAAAAUCCAAGGCAAAUGAUUUAUGCUUAGACAUUAUUGGAGGCAAAAACAUCCCUGAAUCAAAAGUGUCACUUUGGGCAGAACAUGGCAAAACCCGACAAAAAUGGAAAAUCAACAAGGAUGGGACAAUCUUGUCAUAUAUAAGUGAUGACCUUGUCCUAGAUGUCAAAGGUGGAAAUUACUACGAUCAGAACUUCCUGAUAGUAAACAGAUCCCAGGAAAAUGCUCUGACACAGAAGUGGGACAUUGAAAUACUGUGAAUACAGAGCAAGCAGGGAUCAAAGCUAUUAAUGACAUGAUCUCUGUGGCAUAUAAAACAAAUCCUCCCAACUACUGAAGUCGCACGUCACUGAAUUGCUGCUCUGCUAAUCUGCUUGGCAUCUGGCCAAGACAUCAGAUUCAAGCCUUCCCUGCAGAAAUAUGUUCUGCUAAUGCUAAGACAAAAGUCAGGCUGUGUUUGUUGGAUGGUAUGGAGGUGGCAAGAAAGAAUCGGAAACAGUGGCUAUAGUGAUACCACAACCAGGACAUGGGAAAGGUCAUGUUUGGGAAAUGUUGUCUGUGUUACCUCUCAGGACCUGCAAACCAUUGAGCACUGUGUUUAAAAGAUGGGUAUGUGCUGACCUAAAAUUGGACUGUGGAAAGAAUGAGCUAAGCUUGUAUGCAAUACUAUCCUUUACAGUGUAUGUACUCCGCAUGGCUCAUUGUAUAAGAGCAUUGCUAAUGCAAGUAAUACAGAGUGUGGGGAGGGGGGACUAAAGGAAAACAGAACUGUCUGUGUUGCCCAUAGUAGCCAGCCAGAUUCUUCCUUUCAUUCUCUAACCUGCACUGGAACUUAUACACAAAGCACAUACUGCAAGUUCUUCUUUAAGAUGCUGUUAAAAAAGUAGACUGUGUUUCCUGAACAUUUCUUCAAGCACCAUUAACAAUGUAUGUAUUCUGGACUGCAGGCCGCAGCAUGGGGUUAUUAAUUAGUGAAAUGCCACAAAAAUAUCAAGUAUAUGUUACCCUUUCAUGACCAGAGGGCAUUAACUUGACAAUAAAGCUGACUAAUUUGCAUACAUACAUUUUUAUAUUUUCUUAAGGACAUAUAAGGCUUUUAUUUAGUACACUGUUUUAAUAGAAACCGUUUUCUGUUUUUUUUAUUAUAGGCUGACAAAUGCACAAAGAAUUAAAAAAAUAUAUAUAUUUUUAUGUUUUUCUAUUUUUUAAUUAAGUUAUUAUUUUUAAUACUGUAAUUGCAUUUGACAAUUGCAGUAUUAAACAAAUAGAUUAACACUGCCACCAUCAGUCUGCAGUAGUAUCAGCAGUGCCAUCAGCAGACUGAAGACUUAUUUAAUCAAUUAAGCCUCAAGCCUGCAAGCAAUCAGUUAAGUCAUAGCUGACAUCGUAAUCAUAUGAACUCAAACAACUAAAAAUGGUUCAAGAAUCUCACAGAGGACUGUUGCAGUCAGUGGCAGCUGAGACUGAGAGCCACCAGCUAUGCAAUGUGUUGGCUGGUGGCUCUCAAAGGGAAGACCUUUAUUAACAUAUCUCUAGGUUGAGGAACAUUAUUAUGCAGACUGCAAAUGGGAGGAGGUUAAAAGAGAACUCCAAACAACAUUUUCCAUGUUGCAGUUUGACCUACUUUUAAUUCUUAUAUCAUUUUUCUUUUAUUAGAAGAAUUGCCAUAUCCAUUUAUGCAAACUGGAGUUCUCAAAUAAUUUCCCCCUUGUCCUGGGAAGACACAGACACUGUUCGUGGUACCUGAGGAAAUGUCAGCUAAAAGGCUGAGCAAUGCUCACAACAGACCUUUAUAAUGGAGAAGAUUGUUGCACAAUUUUUUAAUUCCCCAGCAGCUUCUAUUAUUCUCUUGUAUUAAAACUGGCCAACAGGCAGCUUAAUCAACUACACAUCCCAGCAUUCUCUGUCUGCCAAGGAAUGCUGAGGCUUGUAGUUUCUUUGAUAGCUGUCAUACAUGUAUAAUGUAUAUACCUAGAAAAAAACCUAUAUGCUAUAUUUGUACUGCAGGGAUUUGCAGUGUAUUGUAUAUUUAAACUGCCUAGACGACAUGUUGAAAGAGAGAAAAUAUUUAUACAAGCUGUAAGUAAUGUUUUUGUAUAUGUGUAAAUCCAGAUCAGAGGAAUUUAUAAAGACUAUCUCAUAUGUAUAUAUUUUGCAGCUACAGGAUAGGCUGCUUGUGAAGGAGGUGAUGUAAAUCACAAAUAGAACAUGUAGAAGGGGCAUGUGAAAUAAGCCCUGACUAGUGCCUUCUUUUAAUAUAUAUAUAUAUGUCAAUGCAGAUGUUGAUUUCUUUACAUUUAAUAAAAAUUAUAUUAUUUAAA